UGAUUUUAUGUAUUUUUACAGUUAGAUUGAAAAUGUCAGAAAGCAGAAAGGGUUUGUUGGAAAAUGAGAUAAAGAUCAAAGAGGAACCCCCGGACAUAGAUCCUUAUCCUGGAGUAGAGGAUAUUGUAGAUCUUCUGGAUACCCCUUUGAAGGAGGAGCUAACUAUUGACGAAGAUGAUUUUUCAACAUUAAUCCCACCUAAUCCCUAUGCCUCAAACCUAAGUUCGUUUCCUGUGAUCAAGGAAGAAUCUGUAGAAACUCUUUUACCGACGAAAUAUACUACAGCACCCGUCGACCAGAAUUCACCGAGCAUCAAUAUGGAGCAAGUGUAUGUAACCGUUGAAAAGAAUAUGCUCGUCGAUGGGAAACUAGGAAUGUCAUUGUUACGAGUAAAGAACGGGUUCCGAGUAAACUCAGUAAAUGCAGUUGGAGCUGCAGCUUUAGCUGGUAUAUUACCUAUGGACGUUAUUGUUAUGGCUGAGAAAAAGCCUGCUAGAUUGGUAGAUGCAUCCUUCUUCCUAAGUACGAUCAGCAGAAGUGGAUCUGUGAGCUUCGUUAUUCAAAGAGAGGAGACGCAAAGCAUAUGGGAAGUCACUGACUUGAAAGAAACCAGUUCCAGUACCGUCAAGCGACCAGUUGAGCUAGGAACUGGUUCCAGGAGCGCUAAACGAACAGCUGAGCUAGGAACUGGUUCUAGGAGUGCUAAACGAAAACGGGUAGACCUAGGCCUGGUAUCAGAGGAAUACCCUAAGCUGCUGUUGGAAUGCAAAGUUGAUAUCAGAUCACAUGAGGAAUAUUGUAGAAGGUCCUUGGGUGCCAAGUUUGUCAAUAUUUUGAUUGAUGAAACCAAUGAAGGAAAGAAGGAUGAAGGUAGAAAGCAGAGAGAAAGGAAACAAAAAAUCGUUCUUCGUGAAACUAUUUCUGAAGAUGAUGAGACUGCGGAAGAUGAGGAAAAGGAGAUUAUGAUAAAGAAAAAACCGACUGGAAAAUCUAAACCAGGAUCGAUGAAGAACAAAAUAUUGAAAAAUAUGCGGAAUGGAAGAAAAUUUAAACCAUCGAAACCUUCUGGUAGCUCUACUGGUCCUAGAUGUAAUAUUUGUAAGAAAACUUUUAAAAGUUUCCUCGUUCUUUCGUAUCACAAGAUUAGGUGUGGGGCAGGUGCAGGUGCAUUAAGUCCAAAAGUCCGAACUGAUGAUCAACCAAAUCAAGUCUCUUCCCCAAAGAUCCAGAAUGUGGAAAAGGUUCCAACGGAAUUCACGAAACCAGUUGAUGCACCAAUUCCUCAAACUCUCAAAGUUGCAGAUACCAACGAAGUAUUAAGCGCGGUGAAACAGCUGGAAGUUUCUCGGUCUGUCACUACGGGCAUUCUCCGCCUCUCUAGACCGGUCAGCCAGGCUGUUUCUGUGGGAGGUCCCUAUACCCACCCAGCACAUCCUGCUAGGGGAGGAAUAGGCGGCGGUUCGGACAGGAACAUGUCGUAUACGUUAAAUGAGAAAAUAAAAAUCAGACAAGCGCAAACGAUUUCAUCUCUCAGGGAGAAAAUCGACAAAAUGAAGGCUAGUGAAGAAAGAAAGGAUCUGAGUAUCCAGGAAUUGACAAGUGGUGUAUACAAGUUAAAAAAGAAGACACAUACUUUAAAAGUUUAUCAUCAAGAGCUUCUGCUAAAGGAUAGAAGUAGGAAACAGGUCAUUCAACAACAGAAAAAGAAAUGUGAGGACAUUGUAAUGAAAUAUAAUGAGUUAGUGAACCAGUUUUCUGUGUUCAAAUCUCUUAUAGGUUUACACUUCAAACCUAUUUCAGAUCGUGGACGAGCGUUGCUGCAAAAAUUAGAAAAGCUUGAUUCGGAAAAUUCAGCUAUUCUUCCAUCCGAUUACGAAGAUCCCCCUGUGAUAAUUACAGUUCUAAAUAAACCCUCUGAUCCGUCCCAGAACCAACAGUGUAGCAACAAAAUAUCCAAUCCAUCUCAGAAAGAAAUUAUGGGAAAUGAAGAGCCAAGUUGUCCUAAUACUCCAAUGUACGAUAAUGUAGAACAGCUUGAAAUUCGGCCAGGUCCUAAAAUUCCGAUCGAACAAGAUGAAAAUCCUCAAGAUGGAAGUACUUGUGAUACUGGUAGGAUUGAAAACACCGAAAAAGUAAAAAGUUCAUAUCCAGAUACUUCAGUCAAUCUAGAUCUAAAAUCUUCAAUGGACGCAGAGGAAAGUACUGCGGGCUAUAUGGAAGACGACCCUAAAAACAUACAUACGAAUUCAACAGCCAACAAAGAAAAAAAUUCUUCAAACAUAAUAGUAAAAGAAUCCAUCAGCAAGGAUAAGAAUUCAACAGAGGAUAUAGAAGAGGGUUCUGCAGACAUCACCGAGAAAGAUUAUACUUACAACAUACGGAAACCAGAUAACACUGAAAAAAAUUGUAUAGACAAGAUGGAUAACAUUUCUGCAGACAUGGACAACAAUUGUACAAACAAAAGAAAUGAGAAAGCCAUAGACAACUGGCAAAAUGAUUCUAUGAAAAACAUAGAAAUUCAUAAUGUUGACAAGAGUUCUUCGGACAACAUUAAAAAGAAUUCUUCGGACAAAAAGAACUUGGAUCCUUCGUACAAUAAGCAGCAGGAUUAUUCAAACAAUAAAGAAAAGGAGUCUACAAACAAUACAGAAAAGGAGUCUACAAACAAUACAGAAAAGGAGUCUACAAACAAUACAAUACAGAAAAGGAGUCUACAAACAAUACAGAAAAGGAGUCUACAAACAAUAAAGAAAAGGAGUCUACAAACAAUACAGAAAAGGAGUCUACAAGCAAUACAGAAAAGGAGUCUACAAACAAUACAGAAAAGAUUUCCACAGAUAAGAUGGACCUGGAUUUCUCAGACAACAUAAAUCAGAGAUUUACAAGAGAAAAUAAUUCUACAAAUAAA